AUGUGCGAGAUGGUGAUUCAUAACGUGUUCUCCAUCUACGAGAACCUGCCAGACCCGUCGCUAGGUCGGAUGAACACGGUGGUGGCCGGAGCGAUCAACCUCUGCAGCUCCGUCUACAUCCUGGUCGGCUUCUUCGGCUACGUCGCCCUCCACGACGUCCCGUUCGGCGGCAACAUCCUGGUCCACCUGAUGCCGUCACCGGUCUCGCGCUGGAUCAACAUCGGCUUCGUCAUGUCCAUCGCGCUGGGCUUCCCGCUGAUCGUCUACCCGUGUCGGACCAGCGUCAACUCGCUGCUGUUUAGACGGCCGGGGUCGAGCCUGGAGCUGCCGCAGAACUACAUCCCCGAAACGCGCUUCAAGUGCAUCACCUUCUGCAUCUUGGCGACCGCCAUGUGCAUCGGCAUCGUCAUACCCAGCAUAGAGGUUGUUCUGGGUCUGCUGGGCUCCACCAUGGGCACCGCCAUAGCCAUCCUCUUCCCAUCGGUGAUGUUCAUCAAGAACACCUCCAGGAGCAACCUGGAGAAAAUGGCGGCGCAGGUGACGUUCGUGCUCGGCAUCGUGCUGCUCAUCUGCGGCACCUACAUGAACCUGUACGCCGCGGACCAGCUGGCGCAGGAGCCGGCGUCCGUGGCGCCCGUGCCGCAGCUUGUGACGUCACGGGCCGCGCCGCUGCCCGCGGUGGCCAACACCACGCUCAAACACGACGCCGUGGGGGAGACGCCGCUGGUGGCGGCGGCCAUUCCCGGGGCUGAGGAGGUCCGGAAGGAGCCUGCCGUGCCGGAGCCGCCGGCGGACGGCGGCGCCGAGCCCCAGGAGCGCGGCGCCGAGCAGCCGGAGGCGGCGGAGCGGCAGGCGAAGGCCGGCGGCCGCAAGGCGAAGAGCCGCGACCGGAAGCGCGAGGACGUUGGCGAGAAGCCGAACGACGCGGGCCGGAAGAAGAAGGAUGCAGGUCGGAAGGCGGAGGACGUAGACCCGAAGGCGGAGGACGCAGAUCCGAAGGCGGAGGAAGGCGAGCAGAGGACGGAGGGCGGUGACCGGCUGGACGCGGGCGCGCUGAAGAAGGAGGAGGAGGAGCGCGAGAGAGACGACGCGCUGAAGGCCGCCGACCCUCAGAAGAAGGAAAUCGAGGCCAAGCAGGAGCAGGUGCUGCAGAAGCUGGAGGAGACCCACAAGGAGCAGAAGGAGCUACUGAAGGAGCAAAAGGAGCUGCUUAAGGAGAUGAAGCAGCAACGCUCUGCCAAAGAGUUGGAGCGGAACGCCGGUGUUCCGGACAAUGCGGGUGUGGAUGUUCAAGCUGGAAUACAGCAGCCUGUAGCCAACGUUGGAGUGCAGCAACCUAUGGCCAACGCUGGAGUUCAGCAACCUAUGGCCAAUGCUGGACUGCAGCAACCUAUUGCAAAUGCAGGAGGACAACAACCUGUGGGUAACGCUGGAGUACAGCAACCUAUGGCCAACGCUGGAGUACAACAACCUAUUGCAAAUGCUGGAGUACAACAGCCUAUGUCCAGUGCUGGAGUGCAGCAACCUAUGGCCAAUGUGGGACUGCAACAACCUAUGGCCAAUGCUGGAGUACAACAACCUAUGGCCAAUGCUGGAGUACAACAGCCUAUGGCUAAUGCUGGAGUACAGCAACCUGUGGCCAACGCUGGAGUGCAGCAACCUGUCAUCAAUGCUGGAGUACAGCAACCUAUGGCCAACGCUGGAGAACCACAACCUGUGGCUAACGCUGGAGUACAGCAGCCUAUGGCCAACGCUGGAGUACAGCAGCCUAUGGCCAACGCUGGAGUACAGCAGCCCAUGGCCAACGCUGGAGCACAGCAGCCCAUGGCCAACGCUGGAAUACAGCAACCUAUGGCCAGUCCUGGAGUACCACAACCUAUGGCCAACGCUGGAGUACAGCAGCCCAUGGCCAACGCUGGAGUAAUGCAGCCUAUGGCCAACGCUGGAGUACAGCAACCUAUGGCCAGUCCUGGAGUACCACAACCUAUGGCCAACGCUGGAGUACAGCAGCCCAUGGCCAACGCUGGAGUACAGCAGCCUAUGGCCAACGCUGGAGUACAGCAGCCCAUGGCCAACGCUGGAGUACAGCAACCUGUGGCCAAUGCAGGAGUACAACAACCUAUGGCCAAUGCAGGAGUACAGCAACCUAUGGCCAAUGCAGGAAUACAGCAACCUAUGGCCAAUGCAGGAGUACAGCAGCCUAUGGCCAACGCCGGAGUACAACAGCCUAUGGCCAACGCUGGAGUACAGCAACAGAACGUGGUUGGGAUGUCUGGCCAGCAGGUCGCCGGCCAGCUCGUAGCUCAGCAACAGCAGCCGGCUAUGCCAAACCAGCAGCCGCUGUUUCGGAGCCCGAAUCAGCAGGCGGGCUCCAACGAGCUGCCGAUGAUUCAAAGUCAGCAGCCGAACCAGCAGGCGGCGUGGAUUCACCAGCAGGUGAUGUCACAGCAGCAGCAGCAGCAGCAGCAGCAGCAGCCGGUUCAGCAGCAGCAGCAGCAGCAGCCUGUUGGCGCGGCUGGACCAGCACCGGCGCCUCCUCCUGUACCAGCUGCUGACAGCGGAAACGGCGAUCGCAAAUUUAUGUCUCUGCCGGCUGCGCAGCCGCGGGCGCGUCGUGACGCCCCUGAGCCUUCGCCGUCGCCCCCCGACGAGAUGCUGGUGCGUUUGGCCGAGAACUGGGCCGCCGUGGAGGCGGCCGGCUCGCGUGGCGCGCGGUAGCAGCCGUCGCCGCUGUGAGUGG